CUCAUCUCUCACUCUCGGCCUCCCUCUGUUUCACGCCUCCUCUCUCUCUCACGGCUCUCUCUCUCUCAUCCUCUGUCUCUCGGUUACUGCUUAUGCUGUAACCACUAUUGUGAGCUGUUGAAAGCUCCAUCACUCACGCAAGCUCCAUCGGCAACAACAAGGAUCACUACACGGCAAGCUGGAUUUUCUUCGUCAACCAAAGUUGGACUGCAACUCUUUAUUUUGGGAGGACUUCGACUUCUUCUUUACUCCUCAGACCAGGACAGCAACAAGGAGAAGAAUGAACGGAUUAGACUUGAUCAACAUGAGAGUUUGAAUUAUACUGAAGAAAUAUUAAGUGUCAAGUCAUAUGUGAGGCAAUUAGGCGAACAAAUGAUUCUUGCGAAGGCUUAUGUGAUUAUUGCAAAAGAACACAAUAAUCUUCACCUUGCUUGGGAGCUCAGCUCAAAAAUCAGGCAUUGCCAGCUCCUGCUCUCAAAAGCCGCCAUGAGAGGAAAACCCAUCACAUUGGAUGAAGCACAACCAAUAGUUAAAGGCCUAUCUGCACUAAUCUACAAGGCGCAAGAUGCACAUUAUGACAUUGCCACCACAAUCAUGACCAUGAAGUCCCAUAUCCAAGCCAUUGAAGAGCGUGCAAAUGCAGUGACAGUGCAGAGCGCAGUUUUUGGGCAAUUAGUGGCAGAGUCUCUGCCCAAGAGCCUCCACUGCCUACAUGUCAGACUGACAGCUGAAUGGCUUAAAAAUUCUGCGCUAUGGGUACUUGCAGAUGAGAAGAGUAACUCCCCUCAGCUUGUGGAUAACCAUCUCUACCACUUCUGCAUAUUCUCUGAUAAUGUGCUGGCUACCUCUGUAGUGGUUAACUCCACUAUCUCAAAUGCCAACCAUCCUAAGCAGCUUGUCUUCCACAUUGUCACAGAUAAGGUCAGUUAUGGAGCAAUGCAGGCAUGGUUCCUUGGGAUCGACGUCAAAGGCUCUACCAUCGAAGUACAGAACAUUGAAGAGCUCUCUUGGUUGAAUGUCUCUUACUCUCCAGUUUUGAGGCAGCUCCUUGAUGCAGAGGCAAGGGCUUACUACUUUGGAGACCCUCAAGAAUCGAAAGGUGAACUGAAGUUCCAGAAUCCAAAGUAUGUAUCUUUGUUGAAUCAUCUACGCUUUUACAUCCCGGAAAUAUAUCCCUCGCUGGAGAAGGUGGUUUUUCUGGACGAUGAUGUUGUUGUCCAGAAGGAUCUGACCCCACUUUUCUCAUUGGAUUUGCAUGGAAAUGUGAAUGGAGCAGUAGAGACUUGUCUUGAGGCAUUCCAUCGUUAUUACAAAUAUCUCAAUUUCUCCAAUCCAAUCAUCAGUUCAAAGUUUGAUCCACAGGCCUGCGGAUGGGCAUUUGGGAUGAAUGUUUUUGAUCUGACAGUGUGGAAGAAAGUGAAUGUGACUGUCAGGUAUCACUACUGGCAAGAACAGAAUGCUGAUCAGACUCUCUGGAAGCUAGGAACCCUUCCCCCUGGCCUUCUGACAUUUUAUGGACUGACUGAGCCACUCGAUCGGAGAUGGCAUGUGUUAGGCUUGGGUUAUGACUUCAACAUUGACAAUCGUCUAAUUGAGAGUGCAGCUGUUAUUCACUUCAAUGGGAACAUGAAGCCAUGGCUAAAGCUGGCUAUUGGAAGGUACAAGCUUCUAUGGGGACAGUAUGUAAAUCAUUCACACCCAUUUCUCCAUGAUUGCAUCACAAGUUAAAGCUGAGUUGGCUUCUUUUUGGGCCAAUUUGAUGAAUCUUUGUUACAAUCAACUUAUCAAUUUCAAUACACUCAGCCUCUCGAUCAAUUGUCACAUUUUUUGUAGAGUCAAAGUGAAAGUCUAGCUUUAUUAGAAGCAUUUCCUUUUUUAUUUUUUUUUUGGAAAACAAAAUGAAAAUAUAUUGACAUCAGAAGAAAAGAAUAUAUUAGGUCUGGGGAUUGGGGAGGAUUCAUUUGUCGAAUGGGUUUCAAUUCUACAAGGUUUUAGGACUAUUUGUUGUGUAGAAAAAUUUGUAAUAAUCUCCCUGCUUGAUAGAUAACAGUAUAUUUGGAAUCAGAAAUUUUGUAAUUUAGCAA